GCCACGGUUGACUCCUACUGGGAGGAGCCGGGAUGCCGCUCCUGCGGUGAUGCAGAGGGGAAUUUGCUGAUAGUCCCUUGCCAGGCUUUACCAGGCCGCGAAAAAGGAGGGCCCGCCGGCAGUCUCCUCUCAGGCAGAGUGGUGUCCGCCGCUGAUCCUGGCAGCCAGCUCCUCGCUUGGGGCUGGUAGUGGCCGUGAGGGCGCAGAUGCGAGCUUUGAAGGAAAACGCUUUGGUAGUCAAGAACUGGCGAGACGCUGCAGGGUCAUUUGGAAGUAACUCUCCCCUCUUCCCAGGGACUGGUUGAGAACAGGAAGGCCCGGGGACAUAGCCUUUCAGCCUGAACUCUCACCGACACCUGCUGCUCCAGGCCAGAAGCCAGAAGGAGCUGAAACCCUGAAGUGACCAGAUUGCUGGGUGGAACCCCCAUUCCCAACUCCAAGCUUAUGCCGAGAACUCAUAGCUGAAGGUCUUCUUUCCCCUAGGCCAACAGUAAUCCUCUCUCCAAAGCCUAAAGGUUGUGGAUUCCCUGAGGAGGACGCCAUGUUUGUACCUCCAGGGUCUGCAUGGGAAUUGGCAAGACAAACCUGUAGCUGAGCGGGGGCUUCAGUUCUGACGUGGACCCUCCUUGGAGAACUGCCUCAGAGUGGGGAGCGGUACCCGAGUCUGACUGAGACCCUGCCUGAGGGCCCGAGUGUGCCCAGGAUGUCUUCGUCUCCAGAGGGAAUGGGCCCAAAGCUUCGCAACAUGACGGUGAAUGAGUGUUUCCAGUCCCGGAGCACCGUCCUCCAGGGGCAGCCCUUUGGGGGGAUCCCCACUGUGCUCGUACUCAACAUCAUCUUAUGGGUGUUUGUGGUCGUGCUGUAUUCCUUCCUCCGGAAAGCUGCGUGGGACUAUGGGCGCCUGGCUCUGUUGAUACACAAUGACAGCCUGACCUCGCUGAUCUAUGGGGAGCACAGUGAGAAGUCUUCUCCCUCAGAGAUUUCCUUGGAGGUGGAACGAAGGGACAAGGGCUUCUGUUCCUGGUUCUUCAACAGCAUAACCAUGAAGGACCAGGACCUGAUCAGCAGGUGUGGGGACGAUGCGCGCAUCUACAUCAUGUUCCAGUACCACCUCAUCAUCUAUGUCCUCAUUCUCUGCAUCCCCUCCCUGGGCAUCAUUUUGCCCAUUAACUACAUUGGAACUGUUCUGGACUGGAAUAGCCACUUUGGUCGGACCACCAUUGUCAAUGUCUCCACAGAGAGUAGGUUCCUGUGGCUGCAUGGCUUCUUCGCUUUCAUGUACUUCCUCAUCAACUUUGCCCUCAUGGGUCAUCACUGCUUGGGAUUUGUGCCAAAGAAGAAUCUCAAGCGUGUAGAUCCACACACCCUGAAGUCACCCCAAGCGCGUCAGCCAGCCAGGACCAGAAGCUGGGACACCCAGAUCACGAGGACACUGAUGAUCACCUAUGUACCCACUGAAAUCCAGGAUCCAGAGAUGAUCAGCAAGCACUUCCAAGAGGCCUAUCCUGGGUGUGUGGUGACCAGAGUCCAUUUCUGCUAUGACGUCAGGAACCUGAUUGACUUGGAUGAUCAAAGGCGUCAUGCCAUGCGGGGCAGACUCUACUACACGGCCAAGGCUAAGAAGACCGGGAAGGUGAUGAUCAAGACUCACCCCUGCUCCCGUCUGUGCUUCUGCAAAUGCUGGACUUGCUUCAAGGAGGUAGAUGCAGAGCAGUAUUACAGUGAGCUGGAGGAGCAGCUGACCGACGAAUUCAAUGCCGAGCUCAAUCGUGUCCCGCUGAAGAGGCUUGACCUGAUGUUUGUCACCUUCCAGGAUGCCAGGAUAGUGAAAAGCAUCUGUGAGGACUAUAAGUACAACCUGUGUGGCAUUCACCCCAAGCAGUCCUCAGUAACGACCAUCGUCAAAAACUACCACUGGAAGGUCACUCAUGCCCCUCACCCCAAAGACAUUAUCUGGAAACACCUGUCCAUCCGCCGUUUCAGCUGGUGGACUCGAUUCAUCGCGAUCAACACCUUCCUCUUCUUCCUCUUCUUCUUUCUCACCACUCCAGCCAUCAUCAUCAACACCAUCGACAUGUACAAUGUCACACGUCCCAUCGAGAACUUGCAGAGCCCGAUUGUGACCCAGUUCUUCCCCUCUGUACUGCUCUGGGCCUUCACAGUGAUAAUGCCUCUGAUGGUCUACUUUUCCGCCUUCCUAGAGGCCCACUGGACCAGAUCGAGUCAGAACCUGAUCAUGGUGCACAAAUGCUACAUCUUCCUGGUGUUUAUGGUAGUCAUUCUGCCCUCCAUGGGGUUGACCAGUUUGGAUGUCUUUUUACGCUGGCUCUUUGACAUCUACUAUCUUGAACAUGCCACCAUCAGGUUCCAGUGCGUGUUCCUUCCGGACAACGGCGCGUUCUUCGUCAACUACGUGAUCACGUCGGCCCUGCUGGGCACAGGCAUGGAGCUGAUGCGCCUGGGGUCACUCUGCACAUACUGUACCCGCCUCUUCUUUUCCAAAUCAGAGCCAGAGAGGGUCCACAUCAGAAAGAACCAGGCCACGGACUUCCAGUUUGGGCGAGAAUACGCGUGGAUGUUGAACGUCUUCAGCGUGGUGAUGGCCUACAGCAUCACCUGCCCUAUAAUUGUCCCUUUUGGGCUGCUAUAUCUGUGCAUGAAGCACAUGACAGACCGCUAUAACAUGUACUACUCCUACGCACCCACCAAACUGAAUGAGCAGAUCCACAUGGCCGCUGUCUACCAGGCCAUUUUCGCACCACUCUUGGGGCUCUUCUGGAUGCUCUUCUUCUCCAUCCUGCGAGUAGGUACCCUUCACACCAUCACUUUCUUCUCCUUGACUUCCCUCGUCAUCUCUAUUGUAAUUGCCUUUUCUGGCAUUUUUCUGGGGAAGCUCCGGAUAGCCAGUCAGUAUGAGCCUGAGGAAGAAACAGAGACUGUGUUUGAUGUGGAGCCAAGCAGUACGACCUCCACACCCACCUCCCUCCUGUACGUGGCCACCGUGCUACAGGAGCCGGAGUUGAACCUGACCCCCGCCUCCUCCCCAGCCCGGCACACCUAUGGCACCAUGAACAGCCAGCCAGAAGAGGGAGAAGAAGAGAGUGGUCUGAGGGGCUUUGCGAGGGAGCUGGACUCAGCCCAGUUCCAGGAAGGGCUGGAACUGGAGGGCCAGAGCCACUGAUUAGGACUCCAGUUAAGAGGCCAGGGGAGAGCCUGGCGGAGGAGGCAGGAAGGAGCUCCCUCCCUCCAAGACUUUUGAGAAGCUCCUGAUGGAGACAUCUGCCACCCUGUGGCCCUGUGAAGAGCUGAACCUGCUGACCAGCCGGAAAGGGCGGGAUGGGAUUGAGGAGGCGUACACCAUGUUGCUGGGAGUGGUGGCUGAAGUCCAGGACACAAGAGACUGGAUGUUGUGUGUCUUGCUGCGGUCAAGUGUGCAUAUGGAAAGAGGUAGGAAGAAGCCCACUGAAGGCUUUCUGGGGGCUUCAUCACCCCUCAACUCCAGGUGCCCAACAAGGAUUGCUCCAGACCCCACUCCUCUACCGCAGUCUAAGCAGACAAAGGUAUGUGUACUGGGCCUCAUGGACAAGGCCCAUGUGACUGUCCCGUCACAGGUUUCCCUGCAGAGCAUCUAGAAACUUUGUACCUCACUCCCUGAGCAAGGGGCAGCUGGGAUAACCCUGGGAAGUGAUGGAGGCCUUCCCUGUUUCUCUGCCCUGCUAUCUGCUUAUAAUGGUAGCUUGGGACAGCUACUUAGGCUCAUUAAAGGAGACCUACACGCAUGUGGUGAAGGGAAUCAUGGCUAAUCCUUGCUGGUUGAUUUAAGGGUGUGUGUGUGUGUGUGUGUGUGUGUGUGUGUGUGUGUGUGUGUAGGGAUUGCAUAGAGUUUAGGAAACAAGGUGUUCUCUCCAAAACUGGGCCAUGGAAAUCAGACACACCUCUCUAAGUCCCAAGGAUAAAUGAGGCAGCCACCAAGAAUAUCCUCUGCCCCAUGUAUAUGAGUGCUGCGCCCCGUCAUGGCCAAGAUCAGUGAUAGCUCAUGCUGCAAACUGAAGACGCUAGCCAUCCCUUGCCCUCAGAAGGACUCUUCAUCCUCUUUCAAGCUGUCCUGCCUGGCCUCCAGUGUGGUGCUGGCUGAGAUGUUAUAGAUGCUUCACACAGUGGUGUCCUUACCCUAAUCCUGCCAAGGUCAUACAGAGGAGGAGUGGUGGAUGUACCCCCAUGGAGAAGACCCUUCUGAGGAGCAAAUGGCUGCAAUGUUGGUGACUUAGCUCCUCUGCCCCCUUCUGAAGUGUUCCAGCUUCCGACUCUUAAGACAAGGCACUGUCAGGAUGGCUAUGAAGCCUGAGCCACCUGAACCAAGGGGCCUGUAGACUCCUGAGCUCCUGAAGCUCCUCCCCGGAUAUCUGGGUCCCUCCUUGCGGCCCGUUCAUUGCAGGUGGGUCCAGACUCAUUCGGUCUCAGUAUCUCUUCACAUGGCUGACCUAAAAACAAGUCACGUGGCUCUGGCUCUGCUCCACCUCUGUCAGAUCCCAGCCCCUCGAGCAGUUCCAAGCUUCACUCCAGGGCAGACAAAGUUGCUCAAGGGGCAGGCAGUGUCACACUGCGGUUCUUGGUCUCAAAUCCUAGCAUGGUGAUAUUUGCUGAGAGCUUGACUCAGCUGGGAAAGAGGCUGUCUCCAUUCUUUGUUGAGCUUAGAAUGAGAGGAGAAUUAUUUACAGCCAGGUCCUUAUACACCUCAGUACCCCAAGGUCCUUGGCCCUGGGAUUUCAUCAACCAGGGAAAGAACUUCACAGCAGAGUGGUCAGGUCCAACAUCGAAGUCUGCCCAAAGUGGGGAGCAACAGUCCAUCCCCCCACGGUGUGCAUUUGGUAUGUAGUGAUUUGGAAUGCAACCAGGCCCUGGACUGGGGCCUUUUCUCUGGGCACUGCUUGUUGGCACCUGCCCCAGAUCCCUGCCGCUCUGUCUGCUGCUGCUGGCUCUCCCUCUAACCCCCACCCCACCCCACUGGAAGCCAUGGAAGCUUCAGUUAUAAGGAUGUCUGGAGGGCUUUCCUCCUCUGAAUCAGGGUCAAACGCAGCCUGGUUCUGAUGCCAAUGCCGGGCAAGUGCUGGAUUCCACUCUGCUCUUCCCCGAGCUGGAGUUCGCAAGGUCACUAAAGGCCAAACUCCUUCAUGCAGACUACAAAAGGCCCUCCUCAGCACCCGCUGUCCCCGCUCAUCAUCCCACUCUAGCCCACACCUGGUCCAUCCUCCUUGAUCCCUUCUGGAGAGAGAUACCUCCCAGGAGACCUAGAAUGACACAGAGCCUCCCAGAGGGGACUCGUACUGGGCUUGGAGCAGCCUCACCCUGCCUGCCUGUCCCUAAGCUGCCUCUGGAAGCAAAGUGCCUAUCAGCAACAUUGCAUCCUCUGGGGGCCCUGGAAGGGUGUGGACCAACCGUGGCCACUACCACUAAAGGAAUGUGCCAGAAUGCUGAACCUUCUUGUUAUUAAUGUAUGAUUGUGCCUUGAAUAAACAAGUCCUCCUCACA